AUGCCAAACAUUAGUGUCAUUCCACUUGAGGGUAAUAAUAAAAUGUUAAAAAGUAUUCAAUAUAAAAAAUUUCAAAUACCGAUCCUUGGAAUUGCAUUAAUUCUUGGAACAAUUAUUGCUGCACUAUGUGUUGUUGCUCUUGUCAAAAUUAAUAAGAAAUUUUAUGAGAUUCCAGACAAUAGUGAAAAACCAAUUAUCAAUUCAAAAGUAAUUCAACCAUCAUCUAACUCCAUUUUGGGUGCAUCUAUUCGUAUUGAUGAAGUGGUGAGCUAUCUUAAUGAGCUUCAACGUAUUGCCACUGUCUAUAAUGGGACUCGAGCCGACAGUACACCUGGAUUCAAUGCAACAGUGGACUAUAUCUACAACUAUCUAACUGCUAACACGAAUUACAAAGUGACAAAGAGUUUUUUUCGUGUUGCAUCAGCAGCAAUUGCUCGUAUGCCCAUUUUAAUGUCAUCAAUUAAUGGUACUAUAACUAACCAUACAUUUGCGGCUACUCCAUCAAUUACCGAAUUUUACCAUAUUCAGUAUACGGCAUCAGCAAACUUUUUAGAUUACGUUGAACUCACUGUUAUUCCAAACUUGGGUUGUUCAGAUGAUGAUUGGCAAAAAGCGACUCCAUCUUCUCAAGAUCGAGUAGCAUUAGUUAAACGAGGCAACUGUACUCAGGUGGAAAAAGCGACACUUGCUUCCAAAUAUAAUGCUGCUGCUCUUCUUAUAUAUAAUGAUGGUGAAGCACCUGAUCGUAUGGCACCUAUGAUUAUUGCUCUUGAAGAUAAUAAUAAUUUGCCAGCACUUUUUCUUUCAUUUCAACUCGGUCAAAAACUUGCUGAUGCCGCCCGAAUGAAAUCAGGCAAUGUUCGUAUUCUAAUCAACAUUGUCCGACGCAAUGAAUCAACAGUUCCAUCGACAAAUAUUUGUGCCGACACUCCAACAGGUGAUGCUACACAAACCAUUGUCAUUGGUAGUCAUAGUGAUAGUGUAACAGCUGGACCAGGCAUUAAUGAUAAUGGUAAGUUUAUUAUUCAAAUAAUACUUCUUAUAUCACUUUCUUUCAUUACAGGUAGUGGUAGUGCAGCCAAUCUAGCUCUAGCUGUUGCUCUUGCUCGUCUUUUUCGAACAUCAACGUAUCCCAAAUAUAAAUAUCGAGUACGAUUUUGUUGGUGGGGUGCUGAAGAACUGGGCCUUCUUGGUUCAGCCUUUCAUGUCAAACAAGCGAAAAAUUCUUCUAUUAUUGGUGAACGUCUUUCAGACUAUUUGAUUAAUCUUAAUUAUGNUCUAGCUCUAGCUGUUGCUCUUGCUCGUCUUUUUCGAACAUCAACGUAUCCCAAAUAUAAAUAUCGAGUACGAUUUUGUUGGUGGGGUGCUGAAGAACUGGGCCUUCUUGGUUCAGCCUUUCAUGUCAAACAAGCGAAAAAUUCUUCUAUUAUUGGUGAACGUCUUUCAGACUAUUUGAUUAAUCUUAAUUAUGAUAUGAUUGGUUCACCCAAUUAUAUAUUUGGUAUUUACGAUGGUCGUUCAGCCAAUAAUGACACUCCAUCGCAAGCUCUUUCUGGUAGUAGCAAAAUUACAGAUUUGUUUCGCGAUUGGUUUAUUCGGCAGAACUUACCAUGGGAUUAUACAGAUUUUACUGGUCAAAGUGAUUAUGGUCCAUUUUUAGCUGAAGGUAUCGUUGCAGGUGGAUUAUUCUCUGGAGCUUACGGUGCCAAACCACAAAAACAACGUGAUCGAUAUGAUGAAAUGCUUGGUCAAGGCUUAGGAGGUAUCGCAGGUGUUGCCAGAGAUCCUUGCUAUCACAGACAAUGUGAUACGAUUCAGAAUAUAAAUGUAUUAGGAUAUGAGAAGAUGGUGAAAGCAGCUGCUUAUGUUUUAGAAGUUUUAGGUCGAGAAGAUGAUUUAAAAACAUGGUUGUACCCAUCUAUUGAAAUUCAACGGCUCACUGCUCGAUCGCAACAACGUUCACGGCCACAGUACAAUUCGAUUAACGAAUAUUUUGGAUUGCCUUAUUAUUAA